UCUUAAUAAUCCAGAAUCAUCAACCGUGUCCAUGUCUGAAAAUUUCAUCUUCUUCCUCCUCUUAACAAUGGCAACUUGUUAUUCUGUCAUUUUAUCUGCAUCUGUCAUAGAAGAUCUCAACACCUUACAUCCACCGUCAGAUUUCAACUCUACAAUCUCCAAAAACUGUCAUUUAAACCCUUCUCUUCGUUAUUGCUCUGCUUCUCCAAUGGAUCUCAUUGAAAUCUUCAAGUCCUCCAUUGUUGCCAGCCAUCUUUGCAAUGAAUCCCGCAACCUCAAUUGUGUCGAGUCCUUUCCGAAAAUCGAUCUUCGCAACCGCCCGAAGAUCGCUCCUUUGUACCUGUCGUUCCACUUCUUUUGGAAGUACUGCCCUUUGAGUAUCCUCACCAUUGAUCUGUCUAACAAUUCUUUGAAAGGAAGUUUCCCUGUUGAUGUUUUGGAAUGUAAACAGAUUGAGGUUCUUGAUCUUAGUAGAAACGAUCUUGACGGGGAAGUCCCAUUUCGGAUUUUCUCUGAUCUUGCUAAUCUAACUGCUCUAAAUUUGUCUAACAAUAAGUUUACUGAGAGUAAGAUGUCUGAUUUAAAGUUGUUCUUUAAACGGUUUAAUUCGUCGAGUUUUAUAAAUUCUGGUCUUCUCCCAGACCAUAGGAAGUAUAAAAUGAAAGCUGUGAUACUGUUGUUUGUGUUUCCCAUUCUUGUGAUUGUAGUAGUGUGGUUCUUGUGGUGGCUUUGUUUCCAUAGGCCUGAUUUCUUGCCAAGGAUGUUGAGGAGGAAGCACAAGUUCACACCGGCAAUGCUCUGGGCUGCAACCGGUGGAUUUUUGGAGAAGAAUUUGAUUGUGAAGUGUGAGGGAGUAGAUAUUUACAGUGGAGUUCUAAGAGAUGGGACUCAAGUGAGGGUUGAAAUCUAUGGGAAUGAGAUUUCAAGGGAAAGUAGGAAAGAGUUUAUUGAAGAAUGCAUGAUCUUAACCCAAUUAUCCCACAAGAACUUGGUGGAAGUACUCGGUUGGUGUGAUAACCGACGAAUGAGAGCCAUAGUUAUAGAGUGGUUGGAGGGUGAGAGUGUCGAUAUGUGGUUGUCGAGGUCGCCUUCGCCAUGGAAACAUAGACUGAAAGUAGCCAAAGGAGUGUUGGAAGGUAUGCUUUAUUUGCAGGAGGAAUGGCCUGCUGUUGAUUAUGAUCUCAGGACAAACAGCCUCUUGUUGACCAGAAAGCUAGUGCCGUUGAUUUCAAGGUUCAAAUUGGGUCAUCAAAAUUGCAGCUCAAAAUAUAUCUACAAGUUUGGCGUAUUCUUGUUUGAAAUGAUAGUGAAUCGGGAGCUGCGGGAUGAGAUCAAGCGAGGCGAAUUUGGUUUUGUUCGAGACAUAAAAAUGCAAUUUCCCAAGAAUUUGCACAUAGUGAUCAAUGAAGCUAUAGAGCUACAAAAAGAAAGCAUGGUGAAUCAAGCUAAAGCAGCAAUGAACCUGGCAUUGAUGUGUACACAUCAAUCAAGUGGGCAUCAACCUAAUUUGAAAUACAUAUAUGACACUGUAACUAGAUUAUUAGGUAAUCACAAGAUGCAUGAAACUGGGGAAGGUAGGCACAAAAGGAUUCUAUCAAGAUAGUAAGAAGGUAUAUUUGUGUUAAGGAAUGUUUAAC